AUGUCUGUCACUUUUGAAAAAUUCUUAGUGAAAGAAGAUUUUGAAGGAUAUGAAGAUCCUGUUAAAUAUGAAACUUUCAAACCAAAACUUGAAAAAUAUGUUCAGAAUUUGAAUGAAAAUAUUAAACCAGAAUACGCUAUAACUUUACCAAAACCAAUUGAAGAAUUAAGAGCUGACCAAUUCAAUGCUGUUGAUUAUUUGUACAAAGAAAAACUCUUAACUGAAAAGGAAUUCGAAAUCACUGAUUGUAAUAAUCCAGAAUUAGCUGAAAAGAUUUCUAAAGGAGAAUAUAGUUCGGUAGAUGUUCUUAAAGCUUUUGCUAAAAGAGCUACUAUUGCUCAUCAAUUAACCAAUUGUGCUAUGGAGAUUUUCAUUGAUGAAGGUUUGGAAAGAGCUAAAUAUUUGGAUGAAUACUUGGCUAAGAAUGGUAAAACAAUCGGUCCAUUACAUGGUUUACCAAUUUCUUUGAAAGAGCAUUAUAAAUACAAAGGUAAAGUAUGCCACGCAUCAUUUGUAUCAUUGAUUGAUAAUGUUGCUGAAGAUCAUUCUACUACCAUUCAAAUUUUAGAAAAUUUAGGUGCUGUGUUUUAUAUCAGAACUAAUCAACCUCAAUGUUUAAUGCAUUUAUGUUCAGAAAAUAAUUAUGUUGGUGGUGCAAGAUCUCCUUACAAUAUAUCCUUAUCAGCAGGUGGUUCUUCAUCUGGUGAAGGAGCUUUGGUUUCAAUGGGUGGUUCAGUAGCUGGUGUUGGAAGUGACAUUGGUGGUAGUGUUAGAUCUCCAGCAGCAUUUUCUGGAUGUUUCUCAUUAAGGCCAUCGAAUAAAAGAAUCAGUUUAGCUGGUGCAGUUGCCUCUGGUUCUGGACAAGAAAGUAUCGUAGCCGUUUGUGGUCCAUUAGCUAGAAGUUUAGAGGAUGUAGAUUAUUGGAUGAAAUCAUAUAUUAAUGAUGGUGAACCAUGGGAAUUAGAUCAAGAUUGUGUUAGAAUGCCUUGGAGAGAUGUCCCAAAACCAGCGGCUAAAGAUUUAACUAUUGCUGUUAUGUAUGAUGACGGAAUUGUUAAACCAACACCUCCAAUUCAAAGAGGUUUGAAAGAAACUGUGGCCAAAUUAGAAAAAGCUGGAGUAAAAAUCGUGGAAUUUAAACCAAUUAAAGCUCAGGAAGCUUUGGAUUUAAUCAAUGAUAUGUAUACUGCCGAUGGUAAUGUUUCAUCUAAGAAACUAUUAUCUCAAUCUGGUGAACCUUUAACUAAAUUAACCAAAUGGUAUUUGAACUAUGGUAGAGGUAAAAAGUCUUUUACCAUCUAUGAAAAUCAUCAAUUGAAUGUUGCAAGAGAUCUCUUGAGACAAGAGUACUUGGAAUAUUUCAACAACAAUAAAAUCGACUUCAUUUUGAGUCCUACUUCAAGUAAUGUUGCACCUAAACCUGAAGAAGUCUUCAAUUGGUCUUAUACCACCUUAUGGAAUAUUUUGGAUUCUCCAACUAUAGUAUUCCAAACUGGAUUGUUCCAAGACCCUAAAAUCGAUAAGUGGGAUGAUUCUUUUAAAGAUUAUAAAUACAGAUCAGACUUAGAAGAAUUGGAAUUAACCAACUAUAAACCAGAAGAGUUCAUUGGAGCUCCAAUUGGUUUACAAUUAAGUGGAAAAAGAUACUACGAUGAAGAAGUUGUAGCUGCUGGUAAGACUAUUGGUGAUAUCUUAGGUGUGAAGAUUUUAAAGAAUUAG